UAUUUUCAACACUCCAUUAGGCUGACGCUGAGGUAGCUCGCACUUUAUUAUAUAAAGGCCAACAUCAUGCUAACUCAUACAACAAGCUCUACCUUUCAUUUCUUGUUCUUAGCUUCAAUCUAUCAUAUCCCAUCUUCUUCGCCUUUAUUUUUAUUUUUUUCUCUCCUAUAUUUGCAUGUGACACAUUUUCUACAUUAAAUUGUUCAUACAUCAUCCUCAUCUUUUUCUCUUAUAUAAUAAAAUUCUAAGAAAAUUAGAUCUUAUCUUUUUUACGUACGUUUUGCUAUUACAGCCUAAACAAGCCCUUACAAGUUUUCAAAAAAAAAAAAAAAAAAAAAAAAAGUCCUUACAAAUGAUGCCUAUAGAGCAAGAUCCAACGUCUAAUACGGGUAGUCCAACCAUUAACAAUCAUCAUCAUGCUGCUAAUUGGAAUAUUUCUGAGGAUUUCUCGGUUCAUAUCGAGCCCUCGGCCUCAAACCGGGCUGUUAGUCCUUGUUUAGAGGACUUGGAAUCCUUCAAUCAUCAACAAUCAUCAGUUCCUUCUCAUUUUUCCACUUUGCAUGGAUCCCUCCGACCUAUCACACUCAAGUUCCAAGAUGUUACUUAUAAUAUUCCAUUGCCACCAGCAAAAGACUCCCCUUAUUGUCUCGGGCCAUCGGAUCUGAAGCUGACCCGAGUUAUACUCAAUGGUGUGACGGGGAUUGUACGCCCUGGCGAGCUCCUAGCAAUGCUAGGACCGUCAGGUAGUGGCAAGACAACCCUCCUCACGGCCCUAGGAGGCCGACUCCCGGGCAAAAUUUCUAGCGGGUCAAUUACCUACAACGGGCACCCGUAUUCAGGAUCCAUCAAACGUAAAAUCGGGUUUGUAACCCAAGAUGAUGUGCUCUAUCCACACUUGACCGUGGCAGAAACAUUAAUGUACACGGCCCUUUUAAGGUUACAUAAUAAAUUGACCAAACAGGACAAAAUAGACCAAGUAGAGAUGGUUAUUAACGAAUUAGGUCUAACCAGGUGUCGAAACACUAUGAUUGGUGGGGCCCUUUUUCGGGGGGUCUCAGGAGGGGAAAGAAAGAGGGUUAGUAUAGGUCAAGAGAUGCUAGUGAACCCGAGUUUAUUAUUAUUGGAUGAGCCCACAUCGGGGUUGGACUCAACCACGGCUCAACGGAUCAUGGACACCCUUAAGAGUCUAGCCCGUGGAGGACGGACCGUUUUGACUACGAUCCAUCAACCAUCAAGUAGACUAUACCAAAUGUUUGAUAAGGUGGUUGUGUUAUCCGAAGGGUGCCCUAUAUAUUAUGGGAGUGCUAGCCGUGUUAUGGACUAUUUUUGUUCAAUUGGGCUAAUGCCCGGGUGCAACUUUGUUAAUCCGGCUGAUUUUCUGCUAGAUCUUGCCAAUGGUAUAGUCCCGGACACAAGGCAUGAUGAUCAACUCGAGCACCAUAAUAGGUUGGAGCAUCACGACAAUGCAAGUGCAACCAAACAAUUUCUAACAUCUGCAUAUAAGAAGAACAUUUAUCCUGGAUUGAAGGCUGUAAAUAAGCAAAGAUCAGGAGAUCAUUCACAUUCCAAUUUGAAACCAUCAUAUAAAAGUAGUGAAGAAAAGGAAUGGAGCACAACAUGGUUGGAACAAUUCAAAAUAUUGUUAGAAAGAGGGUUGAAAGAGAGAAGACAUGAGUCUUAUUCUGGUCUAAGAAUCUUCCAAGUUUUGUCAGUUUCAAUCAUUUCUGGUCUUUUGUGGUGGCACUCUGAUAUCACUCAUAUACAAGAUCAGGUUGGUCUACUCUUCUUCUUCUCUAUAUUUUGGGGAUUUUUCCCUUUAUUCAACGCCAUUUUCGCCUUCCCACAAGAACGACCAAUGCUCUCAAGAGAACGAGCCUCGGGCAUGUACAACCUCUCAGCAUACUACCUAGCACGUAUGGUUGGAGACUUACCAAUGGAACUCGUACUCCCUUCCAUUUUUGUGAGCAUUACAUACUACAUGGGUGGACUUAAGCCGUCCCCCUUCACCUUUCUCCUCACUCUUUUAGUUGUCCUCUACAACGUGCUCGUGUCACAAGGCCUUGGACUAGCCCUAGGCGCGUUGUUAAUGGACGUGAAGCAAGCCACAACCUUAGCCUCGGUGACAAUGCUAGUGUUUUUACUAGCCGGGGGGUAUUACAUCCAACACAUACCACCUUUUAUAGCAUGGUUGAAGUAUAUUUCCUUUAGUCAUUAUUGUUACAAGCUUCUUGUUGGGGUGCAAUACUCAGGGUACGAGGUUUACGAGUGUGGGUUAGAGGUGCGGUGUAAGGUGGCUGAUUUUCCAACGAUUAAGCAGCUUGGUAUACACAAUUUGUGGUUUGAUGUUGUUGCCUUAACUAUGAUGUUGGUGGGUUAUAGGCUCUUGGCUUAUGCUGCAUUGAGGAUGAACUUAUCUCAUUAGCUAACCUUUGUAAGACAUGUUUUUAUGUCAUUAAGAUGGUUUUGAAGGAUAUAUAACGAUGUAUUAUGUUUCUUGUUUAAGAAAAAGGGAUUGUGAAAUAAUUUCACAAUAAUUAACAAGAUAUUUGGUAUCCAUAAACUAGUUUUUUAGCAAAGAAAUCCAAUUACAAGUAAUCAGCUUGGUAUUAUUGUAGUAAUCUUGAAUUAGUUUAUUAUAUUUGGCUUGCUCAAUUUUGUAUGGAUUGAUUGUUUGAUUAUAUGAAUUUA